AUGGCAACUCCACAACCUACUUGGUCAUGGGAUGAUCUGUCUGCAGAAUACUCCUCGCAAUCUUCUCACCAAAAUCAGAACGACGCAUUCACAGCGGACGAGCAUACAGACCAGGAAUUUCCUGUACCUGAACCAGAGCCGGAACCAACACGUCGAAGAUAUUACCCAUCCCGACUAUGUCGAAUAUGCCUGGAAACCGUAGAGCCGACCUUCGAAACUCCUACCGAAGGCAUAGCUUCAAUGCUCAAUCCAACACCCCGAGUGACAUAUAAAUCGGAAGAUCCUGAAUUGGGCCGUUUGAUGCGACCAUGCAAGUGCAAGGGAAGUCAAAGAUAUGUUCAUGAAGGCUGUUUGACAGCAUGGAGAUAUACAAACCCCGGAUCAAAAAACUAUUAUGAAUGUCCUACGUGCCACUUUAGAUAUCACUUUCACAGAAUGAAGUGGGGCCAUUGGAUUAGUAGUGCUCUGACACAAUUAUGUCUUACUUUGGCAAUAUUAUUUGUUACGAUUUUCGCCAUGGGCUUCGUCGCCGAUCCGAUCAUUAACUUUUAUCUGGACCCGUAUGAUACUGUUUUUUCAUUCCCUUCAAUGGGAGGAAAUGGUCCAGCUCUACAUAUCGUGGAUACGGAAGCAAAUACUUGGGCCGAGCAUCUGUUAAAAGGGCUGGCGUCUUUGGGAAUGCUCGGAUUUGUUAAGAUAUUCUUUGCAAUGUCCCCGUUGAGUUGGUGGAAUGUAAGACAGACUGGCCUGUUCGGCGGCGGCCGCGCUCGAGCUGGAACAGGUCGGAAUCGUCUAGAGAACAUCAGUUGGACUCUUGUCAUUAUUGGUAUUGGUGCCUUCUUAGUUACAGUUUGGAAAUGGACCAGAAGUUGGAGUAAAUCAGUACUCGAAAAAGCCGGCGAGACCGUGAUCGAUGUUGGAGGCGACGAUGCUGAUGAAGACGAUGAACAGACACAAGCAGAGGUUAAUGAGCAGGUGAAUUCAGAAAAUACAAGAGGAGAACGUCCUCCAACACCCGACGAUCCCGAAAUCAGGAAAACACAGUGA